UGAAAAGCCCUGGACUAGAAGACCUCCAAGGUCCCUUUUCAGCUCUGUUAUUCUGUUAAACCUGUCCCUACUUGGGAACGGUUGUUAAGCCAGGUUGUUAGGGCUGCCGAUAUCAAGAGACUUAGCCCAGGGGACGACCGUGCCAUUGAUGAAGGAUUUGUCCCUCCCUGGAAAAUGAGACACCCAGGGGAAAAUCCCUCAGGCUCCUUGCUUCCCCGGGCCAGGUUGCUUAGCAUCACUGGGGUACCAGCAGGUGAGCGAAGACGCAGAAGUAGAUUUCCUUCUGCCUGCCAGACCUCUCAGUCGCUCGCCAAACCGUGCAGAAUCUCCCCGGAAGAAAUGACUUCCGAGGCAGCUGAACUGGAAUUGCACUUGGUCCAGGAUGCCCAGCUGACCGAGAUCAUGAGGAUCCGCGUGAAGACCCUCCAGCAAAAGAACGAGAAACCUCAAGACGGCGAGAAGCUGCUGCGGGACCACGAGUUCGUCUUCCGACUGGACUUCUCGCGUCAGCACGGUCUCCGUUUCCUGCGUUGGAAGGUGGCCCUGGACCGGCCGGGCAAGGCCACCGUCGUCGGGACGUCUCAACACUGGACACCGGACUUGACCAACCUCAUGCGAAGACAGCUCUUGGAGCCGGUGGGGGUGUUUUGGAAGACGCCGGAGGCGCCCGAUGUGAUCGAGUGCAACGAAGCCGACGCGCUGGAGUUUGGAGAAAGGUUGGUGGAGCUGGCCAAAAUCCGGAAGGCGAUGUAUUUCCUAAUAGCCUUCAGCGACGGUCUUGAGCCGGCUCACCUGAAGUGCUCCGUGAUGUUCAGAAUCUGAAUCCUGUCCCAGCUCUUCUCGGCAGUUUUUUCUUCCUUUGAAAUAUUCUUCUUUUCUUCCUUCUGUUUUGGGCUCUGCAGCUCCGGCAGUGACUUAGUUUUGAACCAGAUGGGGGGUGCCCUUUUGAAAUGCAGCAUUAGUAA